CCCGGUUUCACACAACGGGACUUCCCAGAACGGGGCCGAGUCACGUGACCACCCGACCAAGAUGGGGAACGCUUUGGACGCAGAGCUCGGUCGGAUCGCCCAAGUCGGCGUUAGUCUUGGCCGCUACUCUAAAGGAGACAAGGUCAAAGUUGAACAUGACCUGAUGACCUUACAGCUGCUACAGAGAGGUCAUGGCGGUUUCACCUUACCCAUGUUAGAGUGCGUAUCGACAGAAGGAACUGUGGAAGGCGUUGACCAAGAUGGCGACAUAGUCGUUCGGUAUCCUAGUGGAAACAGAUUUUGUCUGAACCCAGACGCCCUGACCAAAGUAGGCGGGGACGACAGCACGGCCCUCCGUUCAGGAGACUGGGUACGGGUCAGUGAUGACCACGGGAGGGUGCAGCGGCAACAGGCUGGACAUGGCGGCUGGAACAACGACAUGGCAGCGAGUCUGGGGAAGGUUGGCCGCGUUGUGCACGUGUUUCCUGACCGGGACAUGAAGGUGGAUGUCGGCGGCAGGGUGUGGUGCUUCAACCCGGCCAGUCUGACGAAGGUGUCCGCUCCCGGAGGGGGAGGGAACAGACUGAGUGUGGGAGACCUGGUGAAGAUAGACGGGAACGCGUCCCGGGUCCGGACCAUGCAGGAGGGCCACGGUGGUUGGGUCCCAGCAAUGGCAGCCAGUUUAGGCCAGGUUGGCCGGGUAGUGGCGGUUGGUGCCGACCGUGCGAAGGUUGAGAUUCCCGGGAAAGGCGGCUGGUUGUACAACCCUGACGUACUGACGAAGGUGGAGAAGUCCAGAAGUGACAGUAGCAGCAGUAACAGCAGUAGUGGCAGCAGUACCAGCAGCAGCAGUAGCGGGACUGCUGAGAUCAGUGUGGGAGACCUGGUCCGUGUGAGUAGUGAUGCAGGACGGGUCAGGGUGCUCCAGCGGGGGCAUGGCGGCUGGAACGACAGGAUGCUGGAGGCCUUGGGUAAGGUUGGCCGUGUGGUGAAAGUUGACUCGGAUAACGACAUGACAGUGCACGUGGACGGUACAGACUGGCUCUUCAACCCAGGCUCGCUGACAAGAGUGUCAUCAGGAGGUUCACAGGCCGCACCUAAACCAUCGAGUGCUGAGAAAACCUCCAUGUGUGCCAAGGGAACACACCAGUGGAACAAGGACAAGUGCAAGGUGUGCAAGUUCUGUAAAAAGUGCACCGGGUACGGAGGAAAGUGUGUGGAAGAGGCCAAGGGAAGACUGCUGAGGUUUCCUGGCGGUCCGUGCGGCUGUGGUGCGGGUGACGCGGGGUGUGAGCGGUGCGGGUGUUGCCGCACGUGUGCCGGGGAGGACGACAGCGAUAGUGACGAGGACAUCGGCGGCCUGAUGAGGCACCUCGCCGCCGGGAGGGAUCAGCUCACUGUGCUCGACCUUCUGAAAGCUGCCCUUGAGAGAAGUGAGGGGGGAGAAGGUACUCCAAGAGGCAUAAAGACCCUCUCACCGGAGGAACGCCGGGAGAAACUGUACGAGCACCUGCCCAAGAUGAGCAAGGCCAUCGACAUGGUCAAAUCAAAGAGGGAUGGCGGAUCCGUCUCGACCAUAAAGGACACACUGGAGGAGUCGUUGGACGGCCCCUACAAGACGUUCCCCAAGAAGGCGGAACGGAAGAUCAUGGGAGACCACCUGGCCAACAUCGGGGGUGCGCGAGCCUUGACGGACUACCUGAAGUUCCUCAUGAACGGAAAACACACUGAAGAACAGGUGCAAUUGAAGUGCCUACACGUCGUCCGGAGUUUGCUGUGGAAUUUCUCUGAUGCCAGUUUCGAGUUCUGUCGCGAACUCGGCAAGUCUGGCCUCCUGACGAUUGUUUCCCAAGACCUGGCCAACUUUGAGGGUGCGGAUCUCAAACAUGAGGUAAUUCACCUGGUGGUGCUAUCCGCCCUUGCCGUGAUGCACAACUGUGCCAAAGUACCGGAGAACCGUCACUUCUUCCAGGACAUCAAGGCCGUCGAUCGCAUCAGGCCUUACCUCCAAGUAGAGGAUCUCAACCUGAAGGUUCCUGCCGUGCUGACCAUGGCGUACCUUGUGGAAGACAGGAACAGCAGCUUGAUCGAGGUUGACGACAGCGUGGCAGAUUACGUCAUCAGAACUAUGAACAAGGCACUCGGUUCCUCAGACAUGAGGGCCGAUGGCUAUUCAGUGAUGGAGCUGGCAAUGGCCUUGGGCGCUCUGGCUCGGAAUGAUGCCAACAAAGAACUGCUUACGAAGAAAGGAGCCCUGAAGCAGCUGAUUGCCUUGGCACAAGAUGGCGACAGCACAGAUAAAGAACAGGCUGCGAAGGCACUGCAGGCCUUUCUGCACGACCCUGAUGUCAAGGCGCAGCUGAAGAAGGACCGGGAGGCGGUGACGGUUCUGAACCAGCUGAAGGAACAUGAGGACCACGCUGUCAAAAAGGCAGCCACAGAUGCCAUGCAGACACUGCACAAAAGCACGGCAAGUGACUGUCCGUAUAUGCAGAGGUGCAUGAAGUUCAAGACUUCUUUGAAGCUACAAGACGGAUUUUUUGACGAUCGGUUCAACAUGUGUUACUGCCGGGAGUGUCACCUGUCCCGAGGAGACCAGGACUAUUACAAACGUGGUGAUCCACAGAAGGACUACGGACUACCGGUGGGAUGGUGCCGCUUCUCCCUCAAGGUCCCUCCGAGAGCUACAGCGCUGGGCGUGUUCCAGAAGUGGCACGUGGCGUUCCAUGGCACGACUGUUGGCGCGCUGGAGAGUAUCCUCAACACUGGGGAUCUCAUUAAAGCUGGUGACAAAACUAUGGAGGGGAGCAGGUUGUCUGAGCGGGACGGACACUACAAGGACAGCUGGAAGCCGGAAGGGUUUGACACAAAACAAGUCUUUGUCUCUCCCAGCAUUCACUACGCAGGACUACCUGCCUAUGCAAAGCCUAGCAGCUUCACUCACCGUGGAACGACCUACGAAGCUAAGGUGGCAUUACAGCUCUACAUCAAGCCGGGCAGCUACAAAGUCGCCGCCUCAACAGUCGCACGGAAGAACGUCGACAAGAAGUUCAGCGACAGCGAGAUCGAGUGGUCCACGGACCGGCACGGGGUCAUCAUCGUGUACGGCCUGCUCGUCAAACUGGACGAGAAGUAGACAGGGAACGUUAACAGUGCUUUUGAUUCAGAUGCUGUAAAUACAUUAAAGUUCGAGGGGAUUCAAUUACGCCGUAGCUGAAAUAUGACUGUUCGCGGUAGUUUUAAGUUCGCGGUAGCACCAUGCACUGUAGUCUCUUACUGCAAUUGAAAAAUUUUCGCGGUAAUUUUGGAACGCGAAAACCGCGAACAUAAAACCACCGCGACAAUUCUUGCAUUACAGUACGUGUUCUUAAAAAAAUGAUCCAAAACUUUCCGUUUAUUCUAUGUGCUAAAGGAAAGAUACGGACAGGAAAAAAUAUCUUUGGAAUAUACAUAAUUAUGAACUUCGUAGAGCAAUCACAGAGAUAAGAAUCUGCUUGCACAAACUGAACGUAAAAGUCGGAAGAUAUUAUAAAAUUCCCCUUGCUCAGAGGUUUUGUUCAUCCUGCCCAAAUGAGGAGGAUGAGCGUCACUUUAUCAUGCAUUGUUCACGAUAUAAUUUGAUACGUUCGGUUUGCUAGAUAAUAUCCUAGGAGGUGAUAACCAUUUAGGUGUACAUAUAGGCAAAUAUAUCAAAGAAUGUUUAGACCUUAGAACCAAUAGUGUAAGUGUAGCCUGGAAUCCAGCCGUGUCGUGCUUUGGUCACUCCCCUAAGGUCCCCUUCCUGGCAGUACUGUAAAGCUGUUUAAAUGAUACUCUAGACUCAACAUGCUGAUGUGUUCACUGAGGAAGUAAAUAUUUUGCAUCUGACUAUCAAUUCAUACAAAUCGCACUACUUAAUCUCUGUAUGAUAUGGUACAUAGAGGAGAUAUGUAUUAGUUAUAAGUAUAUUGAUUAAGACAGGCACAUUAGAUGUAAGUGGGUUCAUGCAAAUGAACCUUUAGCUUAAACUUAUAAAAUGCAUAGAGAAAUUUUAAGCGUUGUCUAAAAUCCUAUAACGUUUUAUUUCCUAAUACGAAUGA